AUGGUCUUCAUCAGGGGAGAGGCCAGGGUGACUGGUCUAAAGUGGGCCGGUUCUUUGGCAUGGGGCGUUUUGGGAACCGGUACCAAACAAGAGGUCUUCCAGAGAGAGGACUUUCAGCUCAGGAGACGUCCGGUGCUCUUCGCACAGAAGGUCGUGUCGUCAGGGAUAUAUUCGUCGAAAGUCAUUCCCUCGACUCUGUUUCAGGUCAUCAAGAAUAAUCUAACCGGUGUAUGGAUCGCCAGCUCAAGCUGGAUUGUCCACAAUCGACUAAUAUCCCUCCCCAAUAUCAAAAAUGUUGGCACAAUCAUAGGGUUUAUGGACAACUUGGAUACUCUGGAUUCAUUAAUGAACUAUACUAAAACACUCUUCACAAAAAUAAGUCAGCAAAGGGAAAAAAUGCCUGCUUCAGUACAAAAGUCUGGUGAUCCUGACAACCCUUGUCCACAGUGCUGGAAUCUUUCGCCUGAUAACAUCACUUUGGUAGAUAACCGAGGAGUGGACAGACUGGGCUUUGCUGUGUAUUCUGCUGUCUACAGUGCAGCACAAGCACUGCAUACGUUGCUUCAGUGUGAUUCAGGUGUUUGUAAAUUGGGAGAAAACACAAAAAUCUAUCCCUAGAAGCUUUUGGAGGUUCUGAGGAAUACUUCCGUAAACAUAAGUGGCACAAUAUUAAAGUUCAACGAAAAUGGUAACCCGAAUUUAGGGUACAGUGUUAUACAAUGGAACUGGAAUAACACAGAGUUUAACUUCAAAACUGUGGGAACGUAUAAGCAAAACCAAUUAGACAUAAACGAAAGCCUCUUUGAAUGGCACACUAACGACUCAACGGUUCCUCUGUCAACCUGCUCGGCGCAGUGUGAAGAUGGCCAAGUUCGCAGGGUCAAAGGUUUCCAUUCCUGCUGCUAUGACUGUAUUGACUGUUUACCUGGUACUUAUCAAGCAAAUAAAGAUGACAUCCAGUGCACCAAGUGUCCUAAUCGUACGUGGUCUGGAGUACGCAGCACUAACUGCAGUCCCCCUGUUUUUGAAAUUUUGGCAUGGCACACAUCUGACGCUCUGAAGAUUAUAAUGUCGGGACUUGUGCUGCUUAUAUGUCAAGUGUCAGUAAGCAUCGUGUUCCUAUUACACAGAGGGACCCCACUGGUGAAGGCGUCAGGGGGAGUCCUGACCUUUCUGACUCUACUAAGCUUGAUGGGAGCCUGUUUGAGUCUGCUUCUCUUCCUUGGACCGCGUGAUGAUGUGGUGUGUCAUCUUCAACUACCACUUAGCACCAUUUUCCAAACCAUAGCUCUCUCCAUUAUUUUGUCUCUGUCACUGCAGGUGGGUACAGGCAGGUACAAUACUGCAUCCAAGUGGCUAUUUCUAGCAACUACACAAGCAGAAUUUUUUUUUAAACAUAUGGUUCACAAACACUAA